AAAUCCUAUUGUAGAAGACAAUUUAGGUAGGAAUAUUUGGGAGGAAGGAAAAAAAACAGUAAAUGAAGGUUGGAGGCACACCAUUGACAAUUUCACUACUAGCAAAGCCAAUUGCAGUGCUCACAAUCUCAUUGGCUAUCACCCUUCUUUUCAUCUUUGUUUCUGACACAAACCCAAACCCAAACCCAAACCCAAACCCAAACCUGAAGCAAAUGGCAGCGGGUCGGAGCAAAAGCUUCAUAUUGUGGCUUCAUGGGUUAGGUGAUUCUGGACCCGCAAAUCAACCCAUCAAAAAUCUCUUCAAUUCUCCUGAGUUUAACUCCUCUAAAUGGUCUUUCCCUUCUGCCCCUUCAAACCCAGUUACCUGCAAUUAUGGUGCUGUCAUGCCCUCAUGGUUCGACAUUCCUGAAAUACCAGUGACGGCUCAUUCUCCGAAUGAUGAAACUUCCGUGCUGAAAGCAGUAAAACAUAUCCAUGGGAUGAUCGACAAAGAGAUUGACUCAGGCAUAAGUCCUGAAAAUAUAUUUGUUUGCGGAUUCAGUCAAGGAGGUGCUUUGACCUUGGCUAGUGUACUGCUUUAUCCAAAAACUUUAGGAGGUGGUGCAGUUUUCAGUGGGUGGGUUCCUUUUAAUCAUUCCGUAAUUGAACAAUUUCCAGCUGAUGCAAAAAAGACACCAAUUUUGUGGUCUCAUGGAUUGUCCGACCCAACAGUAUUAUUUGAGGCUGGGCAAGCAGGGCCUCCUUUCCUUGAACAAGCUGGUGUUACUUGCGAGUUUAAGGCUUACCCCGGUUUAGGUCAUUCGAUUAGCACCGAAGAGUUGAAGAACCUUGAAUCAUGGAUCAAGUCUCGUUUAAGUAGCGGUUCUUAGAACAUUAUUCUCUCUUUCACUCAUUUCCGCUAGUUUGUCGAGGUAGUUUUGGUGGCUGAUAUCAUGAACAAUGCUCUUGUUACAAUUAUAGUACUCAACAUCACUUGAUGAUGUGCAUGUUUCAAUCUAUAAAAGGGCUAUUGGAUUUUAAAUUGAA